AUGAGAGUUAUAUUAUUACUUGUUGUAAUUGUAGCUUUAAUCAAUGCUGCUUUAGCCGGCUAUUCAUGCCCAAAGCCAUGUUAUGGUAAUAUGUGUUGUUCAAUUGCCCCAGGCAAUGAAUAUUAUUUAACUGAUUUCUGUGGUAGUCAAUCAGCUUGUGGUCCAAUCCCUUCAUGUUCUGAUUCUAGCUAUUUCACUGCCGAUGCUCAAAGAUUCGGUUGUGGUAAACAUUUAAAUAUCUGUACUGCUAGCAAGAGAUGUAUUAAAGCUACCAUUAUUGAUUCAGGUCCAGCUAUGUGGGUUGAACAAAAUGCUGGUAGAGCAAUUAUUGAUGCUUCACCAUCAGCCUGUAAAUAUUUAUUCAAUGCCAACUCAUGUGGUUGGUCAGAUCACUUCGCCAUUACUGCCACUAUUGCCAGUUUAACCGAUUCCAGACCAGUUGGUCCAUUCAAUGUUACUGAUGAAGAAUAUGCUCAACUCUUUGUCGAUCACGAAUUAGCUUUACUCCAAUGUGAAGAAGAAAAAUCAUGCAAUGGUGCUGAUCUUUAA